GCCGCCCGGGGAAGGCGGCGAGCACGAAGGACGGACAAAAUGGCGGCGGCGGCGGGUCCGGCGGCCCCGCAGGGCGUCCUCAUCGGCGACCGGCUGUACUCGGGGGUGCUCAUCACCCUGGAGAACUGCCUCCUGCCCGACGACCGGCUGCGCUUCACGCCCUCCAUGUCCAGCGGCCUGCACCCCGACACCGAGACCGACCUGCGCGUCGUGGGCUGCGAGCUCAUCCAGGCGGCCGGCAUCCUCCUCCGCCUGCCGCAGGUGGCCAUGGCUACGGGGCAGGUGCUGUUCCAGCGCUUCUUCUACACCAAAUCGUUCGUGAAGCAUUCCAUGGAGCACGUGUCCAUGGCCUGCGUCCACCUGGCCUCCAAGAUAGAAGAAGCGCCGCGACGGAUCAGGGACGUGAUCAACGUCUUCCACCGCCUCCGGCACCUGAGGGAGAAGCGGAAACCAGUCCCUUUGCUGCUGGAUCAGGAUUAUGUGAAUUUGAAGAAUCAAAUCAUAAAAGCCGAAAGGAGAGUCCUAAAGGAAUUGGGGUUCUGCGUCCACGUGAAGCACCCUCAUAAGAUAAUCGUUAUGUACCUUCAGGUGUUAGAGUGCGAGCGUAACCAACACCUGGUCCAGACCUCAUGGAACUACAUGAACGACAGCCUGCGGACAGACGUCUUCGUGCGGUUCCAGCCGGAGAGCAUCGCCUGCGCCUGCAUCUACUUGGCCGCCCGGACUCUGGAGAUCCCUCUGCCUAACCGCCCUCACUGGUUUUUGCUGUUCGGGGCAUCUGAGGAAGAAAUCCAGGAGAUCUGCUUCAAAAUUCUGCUGCUCUAUACCCGCAAAAAGGUCGACUUGACGCAGCUGGAGAGCGAAGUAGAGAAGAAGAAGCAAGCCAUCGAGGAGGCCAAGGCCCAGGCCAAGGGGCUGCUGCCCGGCGGGACUCCCAUCUUGGACAACCCCUCGGGCUUCUCCCCUGCCCUGAAAACCGAAUCUCCCAAGGAGGGGCCGGGGAGCAAGCCGUCCCCACUGUCCGUGCAGGCCCUGAAGAAUGCCAAGCGGAAAACAGAGGGGUUGAAGAGAGCCAAAUCCAGCAGUCCCCUGAAUGGCCUGUCCAAGGGGAGGGAGAGCAGAAGUCGAAGCCGGAGUCGAGACCAGAGCUACUCGAGAUCCCAGUCGCGGUCGGCGUCUCCCAAGAGGAAGAGCGAGAGCUGCUCAACGUCCAGCGGUUCCAAGUCCCUGAGCCGGUCCCGCAGCCGCAGCGACUCGCCCCCGCGGCAGGCGAACCACGGGGGCGGCGGCGGCGGCGGCCACAAGGGCUCCGACCUGCGCGGCUGCCGCCCGCCCAAGGCCUGCAAGUACUCCGGCCAGAAGCCCCGCGGCAGCGGCAGCGGGAGCAGCAGCCCCGGCCGGCCCAGCCGCAGCCCCUCGCGCUCCCGCAGCCGCUCCCGCGAGCGCGCGGAUCCCCCGCCCGCCGCCGCCGCCGCCAAGUACAAGAAGAAGAGCCACUACUACCGCGACCGGAGGCGGGAACGCUCGCGCUCCUACGAGCGGCCGGCCCACCGCUACGGGCGCGACCGGCCCGGCCACAGCAGGCACAGGAGGUGAGGCUGGGCUGGGGGGGGCGGGCCCAGGGAAGCCCCCGUCAGCCCGCUCCGCCGCCCGGGACGGACCCGACGGGGAAGGCGGCCCUCGGACGGACGGACGGUGGCCGACCGGAGGCUCCCGUCCCCAUCUCCCGGAAGCGGGGCCGGAGCCUGGUGCUAAGGACGAGCCGCCGCCUCCGUCUCCACACCGAUGCCGGUUCCCGUUGGACCCAGAGAGCGAUGGAUCCCCAGAGCGGCCGCCUAUAUUAGGUGGCGGCUGGGGCCGCCCCGCGCCCCGGUGUAAAUAAGCGGCCGCCCGGCCCACUUUCCGGCGCUCGCCUCGGGCGGAUUCCGAAGGCGGCCGGCGGGGCGGGGAGGAGGUUCUGACUGAAAAAUGUGAAAGUAUCUAGCUCUGUGUAUUAAGAAGUAGUCUAUUUUUUAUCUGUGCAAUGCUGCGUGCAGGCCACCAGCCCAGGACUAGAGAAGUUUCCUAUAUAGACAUUUUAUGUGGUUGAAAUAAACACAGUUCUCUCUACUCAGGAUAUUUGCAACUCGGAGGGCGGGGGGCGGUUCGGGGAGGGGGGCGCGUGGCGGGUCACUCCACCUGCUCGUUCAGAGAGGAGGAGCAGAAGCGGGUGCCCGGCCGGCCCGAUCCGCCCCGGAGGUACGGCGGAGCCCUCGAGUCCCCCCGACUUUGAUUAAAGUAUUUGAUUUUGUAUUUA